CGCUGCAGCAGCAGCAGCAGCACCGCCUGGUGCGGCGCGAAGCGUUGGCGACUUGUUGCAGCUUACCGGUCUUCUGAUGUCUAUAACGAGUGAUGAGCUCAACUUCCUGGUCUAUCGAUAUCUGCACGAGUCGGGCUUCCGGCACUCGGCGUUCACGUUUGGAUGCGAGUCGCUCGUCAAUAAGAGCAACAUCAACGGCGCCAAGAUCGCGCCAGGCGAGCUCGUGAACCUGGUGCAGCGCGGCAUCAUGUACACCGAGCUGGAACGGUCGGUCGCAGACGACGGCACCGACUGCGAAGCGGCGCCCUACUCGCUCACGGCGAGCGCUCGGGAAAGCAAGCAGCAGCAGCAAAAGCAGGCGCAACGCGCAGCUCAGCAGCAGCAGCAGCAGCAGCAGCAGCAGCAGCAGCAGCAGCAGCCGCAGGGCGCGGCGGGGCAGAGAGGGCAUGCGAGCGCGAGAGAGCAGGGGGGGCAGCAGCAAGCGUCGGGCGCACCGGUGCCGUCCGACGUGAAGCGGGAGGCGGCGUCGGGGAGUGACGCCGCCGGGGCGGCGGAGCCGGAGCCGAUGGCCGUCGACGACGGCGGCGACGGCCGGUCGGGCGAGUACAAGACGCCGGAAGACGAGGUGACUGCGCUGGUCGGCCAUACUUCGGAGGUCUUCAUCUGCGCGUGGAGCCCGGUGGGGCUGCAGCUCGCCAGCGGCUCCGGUGACGCAACUGCCCGGCUCUGGUCGCUUCCGAGCGGGCCGAGCGGCAAGAGUCGGCAGUGCGCGCCGGUGGUGUUGCCUCAUUUGGUCGGCGGCAGCGAGGCGUGGAGAGACGUUUCCAAGGAGGCGUCCAAGGACGUGUCCAAGGACGUGACCACGCUCGACUGGAAGCACGACGGCAGCCUGCUCGCGACGGGCUCUUACGACGGGCAGGCGCGCGUGUGGAGCGCGAGCGGGCAGCUCACGCAGACGCUCAGCCGGCACAAGGGGCCGAUCUUCUCGCUCAAGUGGAACCGGACUGGCCAGUUCCUCCUCUCGGGCUCCGUCGACAAGACGGCCAUCGUGUGGGACGUCGGCGCCGGCGAGGUGCGGCAGCAGUUCUCCUUCCACACCGAGCCGACCCUCGACGUCGACUGGCGCGACGACACGUCCUUCGCCUCCUGCUCGACGGACCGCGUCAUCUUCGUGUACCUGAAGCGGCUCGAGGGGCACGAGGACGAGGUCAACGCGAUCAAGUGGGACCCGUCGGGCACGCUGCUAGCCUCCUGCUCCGACGACCACACCGCAAAGGUCUGGUCCAUGGAGCGCGACGGCGCGCUGCAGGACCUACGCGACCACCAAAAGGAGAUCUACACGCUCAAGUGGUCGCCGGCGGGACGCGGCUCCGCCAACCCGACCGCGCCGCUGCUGCUCGCCACCGCAUCCUUCGACGCGACGGACGGUGCUCUCAUCAAGAGCUACACGGGGCAGGGCGGCAUCUUCGAGGUCUGCUGGAACAGCGACGGGAGCAAGGUGGCGGCAUGCUUCUCCAACCACAUCGUCGCGGUGCUGGACCUGGAGAGGAAUGGCACUAAAUGAGCCAUGAGGAGGGGAGAGGUGCAGGGCGAGGAGGAGCGAGGAGAGCCAUCGGGUGCCCCUCUCAUUGCCGCGCUGCUUGAGCCUUGAGAGGCAGCCCCCGUCCGCCCUAAGUGCUCGCGAGAGCCGCACCACAACUCUUGCAGCAGAAUGAAGGAGAGAGAGAGAGAGAGCUAAGGUCCGCACCGCCCCUGUCUGUGGGACAGGGGUACGAGAGCCGCCCCGAGCGAGCCGAAAAACACAGCACACAUCUGACGAGACCAGUUUUGUGUGCAGAACCUGUCGAGUCCAAUACGACAACU